AUGAGUGGACCGGCUUAUGAGAGGAAGAUACCCGGGAUUUCUGCAGAUCUUUCGGGCUCUAUGAGUUGCCACCCGUCGUCUAAAGACUCUCCCACACUGCCCGAGUCUUCAGCCACGGACAUGGGCUACUACAGCGACUACUACUCUGGGCAGCCCUACCAGACUCAGCCUAUGGGCGCCUACCCCCAGUUCAACAUGUCCGGCAUGGGUCCAGCGGGGCCUUACCCCAGCAAGGCAGAGUACCCCUACAGCCCGUCCUACAGGCAGUACGGACACUACGGCAGGGAGCUGCAGAGCCCUCCCCAGAAUACAGCAGUAAAAGAAGAAGUGGAGACUGAAGUCCGGAUGGUCAAUGGCAAACCAAAGAAGAUCCGCAAGCCCCGCACCAUCUACUCCAGUUUCCAACUGGCAGCACUGCAGCGGCGCUUCCAGAAAGCCCAGUACCUGGCCCUGCCUGAAAGAGCGGAGCUUGCAGCACAGCUUGGCCUCACACAGACACAGGUGAAAAUAUGGUUCCAGAACCGGCGGUCCAAGUUCAAGAAGCUGUACAAGAAUGGUGAGAUCCCGCUGGAACACAGCCCAAAUGCCAGCGACUCCAUGGCCUGCAAUUCACCACCCUCCCCGGCCGUAUGGGACAGUAAUGCGCACUCAGGACAGGUUGGCCGGGGCCAGGGCCCUCAGCCCCCUCUUAGCUCCACACCGCCCUCCUACCUGGAAGACUACAGCAGUCCCUGGUACCAGCAAGGAUCGCAUUUACAGCACCCAGGCACUGUGCAGAGCCUAGGGGCCGUCUACUGACCUGGACAAGGGACUGAAGAGCAAAAAAAAAAACAGACUGGACUUUCAUACAAGCAAGCAGACUGUUUGUAGUGGCUUCGUGCUAAGUAGGGCCUUAAAGGGAAAUAAGCUGAAAAGAGGCAUUUGAAGUCACAAUCGUCGAUCCCCUUGACUUUCGCUGGCCUCUUUGAGUUGAGUUCAACGGCGACAGACUUCAUUUGUCAGGCUGAGAAGAAAACGACGACUAUUGUACCACAGCAAUAUUUCAACUGCUCGACUAUUCAGAUUAAUAUGAGCACAUAGGCAUGUAGGUUAACCUGUUAUUUAAAGGACAUUAUGGCGUGGUGUUAAAUUAUUUUGAGUUAUUGCUCCCAUUUUAUUCAUAUUUGUUCUUCCUUGCUAGACGGAUUUUGGAGUAUUUGUUUGUUUACGAUGCAACAAAAGAUAGAAAUGAACCCAAAAAAAAAAAGGAAAAAAGGGUCACCUACGAUGUGGGUGGCUGUCGUGCGCUUCACAGACUCAGGACAUAAUAAGUUAUAUUGAUUUGUACAAUCUAUUGAAAGAUGUAGUUGUAUAUAUGUGUUCAAAUGCAACAACAGAACCACUAAAAACAUAUUGUUUUGGAGACAUAGAACACUGUGUGGUGGUGCCUGGAACUGUUUUUAUAUUUCUGUAAGUAGUGCUUCUGUUGUAAUGCUGUUAAAGUUGAAUAAAUGCAAAUUGAAUUCA